AUGAAAGCUUCCCGGAAGAGUCCGUCGUUUCUCCAAACUCUCUCCGUCUGGCUGCCUGUAGUUUGUUUGUCGCUCGCUGCUGCCGAUAACAUGGCAGAUAAGACUCAGAUGACGAGCAGGGAGCGCGCCCUGAAGGGGAGAGGGGAGAAAAUGGUCGUGGCAGACAAGCAUGCGGUUAAUGGGAACCUCACUGUGGAGCCUUUCCCAGAAGGCAUGGAGAGCAUCAUGUUUGGAAUGGGCUGCUUCUGGGGAGCUGAGAAACUUUUCUGGCGGCUUCCAGGAGUUUACUCCACACAGGUGGGCUACGCCGGUGGCUUCACACCCAACCCCACCUACCAUGAGGUCUGUUCAGGUCAUACAGGCCACACCGAGGUGGUGAGGGUGGUCUUCCCCCCGAAAGACGUCAGCAUCGAGGAACUGUUCAAACGCUUUUGGGAGAAUCACGAUCCUACACAAGGUAUGAGGCAGCACAAUGACCGCGGGACUCAGUACCGCUCUGCCAUUUACACGUCCAACCCCACUCACCAGGAGCUGGCAUUGAAGAGUAAAGUUUCCUUCCAGGAGGAGCUGGAGAAGAAAGGUUAUGGUCCCAUCACAACUGAGAUUGUGGAGGGGCAGCAGUUUUACUACGCUGAGGAUUACCACCAGCAGUACCUGAAGAAGGUGCCCAAAGGCUACUGUGGCCUCAAAGGCACUGGGGUCGCUUGUCCCAUCGGAGCCGACAAGGAGGAACUGUGAAGGAUGCAGGGUGAGAAAGAGAAGACACUACCGUUGUUUUCUGACUUGUAUAAUACUUUUCAAAGCUUUUUUGUACUUCUCCGGUGUAUUUGGAGAUAACUGAAAUUAUGUAUACAAUAUAUAUGUAUGCAAUUAGAUAUUAUGCGUAAAUAAGAUAUAAAAUAAUUUUACUUCAAAUGUGAAGUAAAACUAGGUACAUUCAUUUAAAAAAUGAAGUUGCCGUCCAGCCAUUUCUUUUGGACUGCAGUUACUGUCAUCGUUCACGUGGUGGCGACAUUUCUCACAGCAAUCCACAUUUCCCAGCACCUCCAGCGGCUUGGUUUUUUUUUUUAACAUGACA